AUGGGCCAAUUUGCAACCCAAUUGAACGCGAGGCCAGCCGGUACACUACCGUCCAAUACGGAAGACCCUCGAAAGGGCACCAACGAGCAGUGCAAAGCCGUAAGUUUGAGGAAUGGAAAACAAUUAGAAGAAGUGGCGAAGAAGGCAACAAGCAAGGAUGGGGAGGAGCAACAAGAAAAAGAAGCGGAGAUUCUGACAGAUUCACCAGGUGAAAAAAGGGUCGUUGCGCCUAAGCCGACCCCUCAGGUACCUUAUCCUCAACGCCAGAUAAAGGCGAAAAAUGAGUCGUAUUACAAAAGUUUUCUUGAGCAAUUGAAUGAAUUACAUAUUAAUAUUCCUUUUACUCGAGCACUUGAACUAAUGCCUCAUUGGGUGAAAUUUUUGAAAGACAUGGUAUCAAAGAAACGAAAAUUCGGUGAACAUGAGAUGAUAGCGUUAACCGAACAAUGCAGUGCCAUUCUUACGCGUCCAAUUCCACCAAAGCUUGGAGAUCCGGGUAAGUUUACGAUUCCAGUUGCUAUCGGAGGUAAGUUCUUUGCAAAAUCUCUCAUAGAUUUAGGUGCGAGUAUUAAUCUCAUGCCUUUCUCGGUUUUUCAAAGUUUGGGAUUAGGAGAUAUAAAAUUGGUAUCUGUGACGUUACAGUUAGCCGAUAGAUCACUCAUAUACCCAAAGGGAAUAGUAGAGGAUGUGUUAGUUAAAGUAGAUAAAUUCAUCUUUCCUGCAGAUUUUGUAGUUCUUGAUAUGGAAGAAGAUAAAGAAAUUCCCUUGAUUUUGGGAAGACCUUUUUUGAGAACUGGUAGAACUAUAAUCGAUGUGUAUAACGGAAUUUUAUCUAUGUCUUUGGGGGAUGAAACGAUUAAAUUUGAUGUUUUCCGUACAAUGAAACACCCUCAAGAGGUUGAUGAAUGCUUUGCUUUUGAUGUGUUAGAUCAAUUGAAUUUUGAUUUUGUUGAACCUUUAAUUGCGGAUCCGUUGGAAGCAUCUUUGUGUGUAGGAACAUCAGUUGAAGAAGAAGAAGUGACGGAACAAUUAUGUUGGUUGGAUUCGGCAAAGCCGCUGUCAAGACCACGCUUUGAGAGUUUGGAGACGGAGAUCCCGUUAUCUGUCACUUUUAAGCCUUCAGUGAUCGAACCUCCGAAACUUGAGCUUAAAGUUUUACCAUCUCAUUUAAAAUAUAUGUAUCUUGGAGCUCAUGAGACCUUACCUAUUAUUAUUUCCUCAUCGUUGACAGGUCUACAGGAAAAGAGACUUUUGGAGGUAUUGCGAGAGCAUAAGCUAGCACUUGGAUGGACAAUCGCCGACAUCAAGGGCAUAAGUCCAACUUUUUGCAUGCACAAGAUCAUAUUGGAGGAGAGCCAUAAAUCUUCGGUGGAACAACAGAGGCGAUUGAACCCCAUCAUGAAGGAAGUUGUGAAGAAAGAAAUCAUCAAGUGGCUAGACGCAGGUAUUAUUUUUCCUAUCUCCGAUAGUGCGUGGGUUAGUUCGGUACAAUGUGUACCCAAAGGGGGAAUGACUGUUAUAAAAAACGAAAAAAAUGAAUUAAUCCCUUCUAGGACAGUAACGGGUUGGCGAAUUUGCAUGGAUUAUAGAAAAUUGAAUAAAGCCACUCGAAAAGAUCACUUCCCGUUGCCCUUUAUUGAUCAAAUGCUUGAUAGGCUAGCUUGUCAAGAAUUUUAUUGUUUUUUAGAUGGGUAUUCCGGUUACAACCAAAUUGCCAUAGCUCCCGAGGACCAAGACAAAACCACUUUUACUUGUCCUUUUGGUACCUUUGCUUUUAGAUCUAUGCCUUUUGGUUUGUGCAAUGCUCCUGCUACUUUUCAACGUUGUAUGAUGGCAAUUUUUACGGACAUGGUUGAAUGUGGUCUUGAAAUUUUUAUGGAUGAUUUUUCUGUCUUCGGUGAUACGUAUGACACUUGUCUCCAAAUACUGGCUAAGGUUCUUCGCAGGUGUGAAGAAACAAACUUGGUGCUCAACUGGGAAAAGUGCCACUUUAUGGUGCAAGAGGGGAUUGUGCUAGGACACAAGGUGUCAAAGAAGGGGUUAGAAGUCGAUCGAGCAAAAAUCGAGACAAUCGAGAAACUACCGCCACCAAUUUCCGUAAAGGGAAUUCGAAGUUUCUUGGGACAUGCGGGAUUCUAUAGGCGGUUCAUCAAAGAUUUCUCCAAGGUAGCCAAACCAUUGUGCAAUUUGUUGGAGAAGGAUAUCAAAUUCGAUUUCAAUGACGAAUGCCUCAAAGCCUUCGACGACUUGAAAACAAGGUUAGUAACAGCCCCUAUUAUUGUUGUGCCCGAUUGGAAUGAACCUUUUGAGCUUAUGUGUGAUGCCAGCGAUUUUGCGGUAGGUGCCGUGUUAGGUCAAAGAAAGAAUAAAAUGUUUCAUUCAAUUUACUAUGCUAGUAAAACUCUCAACGAUGCACAAUUGAAUUAUACCACCACUGAAAAAGAGUUGCUAGCAGUUGUUUUUGCAUUCGAAAAAUUUAGAUCAUAUCUUAUAGGCACCAAAGUCAUUGUCUUCACGGAUCACUCGGCUUUAAAAUAUUUGAUAGAAAAGAAAGAGGCAAAACCUAGACUUAUUAGGUGGGUAUUAUUGUUGCAAGAGUUCGACUUGGAAAUUCGUGACUGUAAGGGUAGCGAAAACCAAGUAGCCGAUCACCUAUCUAGGUUAGAAACGGAAGUCAAAGAUCCAAUUUGCAUUAAUGAAAAUUUUCCGGAUGAACAAUUGCUUGCGAUUAAUAAUCAAGAAGUACCAUGGUAUGCGGAUUUUGUGAAUUAUUUAGUUAGCCAUGUACUACCACCCGAGCUCACUUUUCAUCAACGGAAAAAGUUUUUACACGAUGUGAAUUUCUACUUUUGGGAAGAACCCUUUCUGUUUAGACAAUGCAGCGAUUUAGUCAUUCGAAGAUGUGUACCGGAAAGCGAGCAAAGAGAUAUACUUUUCCACUGCCAUGGCUCGGAUUAUGCGGGACAUUAUGGAGGAGAGCGCACGGCGAGAAAGGUGCUUCAAUCAGGUUUCUUUUGGCCAACUUUGUUUAAAGAUUGCUAUAAUUUUGUUUCAAGUUGUGAUAGAUGCCAGCGAGUUGGUAAUAUUUCAAGGAGGCACGAACUCCCAUUAAAUACAAUGAUCGAAGUAGAGCCCUUUGAUGUAUGGGGGAUAGAUUUUAUGGGACCUUUUGUCCCAUCAUUCAAUAACUUAUACAUCUUAGUGGCCGUCGAUUAUGUAUCUAAAUGGGUUGAGGCGGCCGCCUUUCCUACUAAUGAUUCUGCAGUGGUUUGUGCUUUCUUAAAAAGACAGAUUUUCACUCGUUUUGGAACGCCACGAGCAAUUAUUACUGAUGGAGGCACUCACUUUUGCAAUAAACAAUUCGAAGCACUCUUGGCCAAGUAUGGAGUAAAGCACAAGGUCGCAUUGGCAUACCACCCUCAGACGAACGGGCAAGCCGAGGUAACGAAUCGUGAAAUCAAAAACAUCCUCGAAAAGGUUGUGAGUCCUACCUGGAAAGAUUGGUCGAGAAAAUUGGAUGAUGCACUUUGGGCAUAUCGUACGGCUUACAAAACUCCACUUGGGAUGACACCGUUUCGUUUGAUUUAUGGCAAGGCGUGUCAUCUACCGGUUGAAUUGGAGCAUAAUGCGUUUUGGGCAAUUAAAAAGCUGAAUUUCGAUAUUGAAGCGUGCAAGGAGAAACGAAUGCUGCAACUCAACGAGCUCGACGAAUUGAGAUUGAAUGCAUAUGAAAGCAAUCGUGUAUACAAGGAGAAAACCAAGCGUUGGCACGAUAACAAGAUAUUGCAUCGAGAAUUUCAAAAGGGGCAAUUGGUUCUCCUCUACAACUCCCGUCUAAAGUUGUUUCCGGGAAAACUCAAGUCAAGAUGGUCCGGACCGUUUACUAUACUUGACGUAUUUCCGCAUGGCGCAGUCGAAGUAUUGGACCCCGAGACCGAAAAAUCGUUCAAGGUCAAUGGACAACGCCUCAAGCAUUAUCAAGGAGGGGAAUUCAAUCGCCAAGUGACUUCGGUCACGAGGAUUCAAGAACAAGCAAUUGUCUCCAAAAACCCAUUCCACCAAGAACGCCCACAAGGUGUUCGGCGAAUUGUCCGACUCAAGUUUGGGGGCAAUUUUGCACACCAAUUCACUCCCAAUCUCCUCCACAAGCAUUCUCAAAGUAUGGGGAAACGCGGACGUGACGGGGAGGGCCCUUCUCAAGGCGAAAGCACCUCAAAAGGCAAGGGGAAGGGCAAGAAAACCGACCAAAUUCCGACCCCCGACGACGACGCUUUUUGUGUCGACGGCGCUAGUGCUCGUUUCGAGAAGCAAAAGGGGAAGAAACUAGUAACAGAGCGUGCCUACGAGAUCACUCUUCCACAAUUUGCCCCGCUACAUCAAGAAUUCUUACGACGAGGGUGGCAAGCACUAUUGGAACCGGAAGGGUCAAUCAACCUAUCAUUGGUCCGCGAGUUCUAUGCCAACAACCAUAUCCACCUCACAGAGGAGCGGAACGUGAGCACGGUUCGAGGCAAGAGGAUCGAGUGGAAUGCCUACGCAAUCAAUUCUUUCUAUCACCUCCGACACAUGACACCAUUCAAUUGGGGGCAAAUGCAACUUGCGGUCACACGAGAUCAAAUCGCCGAGGUGUUGUGCGAUGGACCCCCCAUUUGGUCCGAACUAUCAACCGAAGAAAAGUACGAGUUAGAGUGGAAAUGCAUCAACCAAGUAGGCAAGGCGUGCCUUACGUUCAUUUGUGCCAACCUCAUUCCCACCCGCUCGUGGACUCGCGUGGACCCCGAACGGUGCGCUUUGGCAUACUACAUCCUCAAGGGCACUCCGAUCAACAUUGGCGUAAUCAUAUCCGGCCGAUUUUGGACCUCCAUGGUCAACAACUCCAAGGGGUUUUAUUUCCCUUGCCUCAUUACCGGCUUAUGCAAGAAGGCGAAGGUCCCAACCAAACCGACCGACAUUUUCACAUCAAUUCGAAAUCCGAUGAAUGACCUUGCGGCCCGGCAAUACAAGGCACCCAUCCAAGAUGGCGAGCAACCCGUCGAGAACCAACCAAUAGCUCCACCCGAGGGUCCAAGCACAAGUUCGGACCGACGAUUUCAACGAAGAAUGGAGCGAGAGUUGGUGAUCACGAGAAAUCGGCUUGCAACGGUGGAGCACAAGGUGAGCACGAUCGAAUCCCUCCAACGGUGGUCGGGAAAAAUGCUUCAAGCCAUUGUACGCCAUUUGGCAUGUGGAAAUCCCGAGUGUGAAGAACCGGCUCCGUUGCCCGCACCGAUUCUUGAGCCGGUACCCGAGCUUUCGGAUGAUGAAGGAGAUGGUAAUGCUCAUGCGCAAGGCGGAGUUGACGAGCAGCCCGACGAUGGUCCCGACGCGUAA